AUGGACUCUGCCAGCAUAAAAGAGGGGAUGCUGUUCCUCACUCAGACAGGAGUUGGAAUCCUGGGAAACGCAUCUCUGCUUUGCCUUUAUAACUUCCACUUGAUCACCGGACACAUGUUGAAACCUACAGAUCUGAUUCUCAGUCAGCUUGUCUUGGCUAACUCCCUGGUACUUUUCUCUAAAGGAAUUCCUCACACUAUGACCGCAUUUGGACUGCAAUUUGUCCUGGGUGAUACUGGAUGCAGACUCGUCUUCUAUUUGCACAGGGUGAGCAGGGGAGUCUCCCUCAGCACCACCUGCCUCCUGAGUGGCUUUCAGGCCAUUAAGCUUUCUCCCGACUUCUCUCGGUGGAUGGAGCUCAGAAUGAGAUCCCCAAAGAGCAUUGGCUUCUGCUGCUUCCUCUGCUGGAUCCUACAUCUCUUGUUAAACAGUACGGUUCCUUUAAGAAUGUGUGGGCCACAAAACAGCACAAACUCAAGCAGAAAAAUAAGAAAUUUUGGGUUCUGCCAUGUAUGCAUCCUGGGAAAAUUGAUAAAUGCAAUGCUUAUUUUCAUACUUUCCUCCAUUGAUGCGAUGCACUUGGGCAUCAUGGUCUGGGCAAGCGGCUCCAUGGUCCUCGUCCUGCACAAACACAAGAAACGAGUCCAACACAUUCACAGCAACCGCCUCUCCCCCGGACCUUCCCCCGAGGCCAGAGCCACAAGCACCGUCCUGGUUCUGGUGAGCAUGUUUGUCUCCUUCUACACCCUCUCCUCCACGUUGACUCUCUAUGUUUCUGUUGUGGAGUCCGGGAGGUGGCUUGUGCACUUUUCUGUCUUUGCAGCUUCCUGUUUCCCAGCAUUCAGUCCCUUGGUACUCAUCAGCAGACAUCCACAUUUCUUGGUUUCUCUUUGGUUUUGGGGCAGUAAAAGAACUUUUUUGUAA